AUGAUGAUGAAGAGCCGUGUGAUGUGUGUGUUGGCCGUUGUGCUGUGCUGCGCCUGCGGGUAUACCAUGGCUGCUGCUGCUGCUGGACCAAUGGAACCAAGUAAUGAUGUAGUUACUCUUCCUGCUGUUAUUAUUGAGGAACAGCCAAAGAAGUUUAAUACUACUGGUAUGUUUGGAUGGGAUGAUUUUCUUAUAAACGCAAGCAUUAAGCAUAUGUGUAAGCAUAACCCUAAUACUAUUGUUGAUGGCGUAAAGUGUUCGGCAAGGGGAUUCCCUGAGAAGUCAAGUAAUGUGGCGAAUCAUGAUAGAGGAUCAACCUCACAGAAUCAGGAACAAGGUCAGAGAGACACAACCAAGGAACAACAAGGAAGUAAUCGAGAAGAAGCAGCGGGAUCAUUGAUACCAAAUCCUCCUGGAGGUGUAACUCCACCCAAAGAUCCUGUCUUGGUAGAAAAACCACAAAAUGGAAUGGAUGACAGCAAAGGAAUAAAUCCUCCCAGUGCCUCUGAAGAUGAAAGACGCAAACAGGAAACAGAAGCAAGAGAUGGUGCCACUACAACACAAGGCCAACCUCCGGAGUCUACUGCAGCUACACAAAGUACUGAAGAAGCGUCGAGUAACUCAUCUGAUAACACUACACCUGCCGACUCUAAUCUUACCCAGCAAUCUCCUGAAGCUGCAGGUGCAACUGCAAUUUCAGGCUCAGAAGAAACCAAUUCCACUACUCCGCCGAGUCCCGAGAGCAAUAUCACUGAUACACCACCCACCACUCCAUCUCCUGUUCCCAACGCAGAGAUCAAUACUAUUGCCUCCACUGUACAGAAGAACAAGGGUAAUGUUGACAGAAGUGUCAGUCCUGUGUGGAUGCGCACUGCAGCACCGCUACUGAUUAUGGCUGUGUUGGUCACCACUACCAUGUACUGA